AUGUAUGGUGUUGCUCUGGUUGUCGUCUGUGUGUAUCUGGGCGUCGGAAUCCUAAAAGAACAACCUCAAAACUCCCAAGCAAUUCUUGGAAUUGUGGCCAUCAUCCUCUUUUGUUACAUCACUUCCGCCAGACCAAGUAGGGUGAACUGGUGCCCGGUGUUCUGGGGUUUUGUCAUUCAGUUUGUCUUUGCCUGUUUAACGAUGAGGACAAGAUUUGGCUAUGACGUUUUCGACUGGCUCGGGAAAAUAAUUCUGGACUUUAUCAGUUUCUCUGACUCAGGCUCCAACUUUAUAUUUGGGAACGACUUUAAAUCUAAGGGUUUCGCCCUUGCGAUCUCUGGCACUAUUGUGUUCUUCACUACAAUGAUGUUCGUGUUCACCCAUCUGGGGAUCACGGACUUCGUCGUCCUCAAGCUGGGCCGGAUUAUAUCUGUGUGCUUGGAGACCGGACCAGUAGAAUCCGUCGUUGCCUCUGCGAAUAUAUUCGUCUCCAUGGCCUCGCCGAACCACAUACUGACAGCUGCGGUGAUCUCGGCCCCAGCGGCCCUAGCCUUGGCCAAACUCUCGUACCCGGAGACUCAGACUGUGAACUAUGAAAAACAGAAAAACAUGAGGAUAAAAGACGGAAACAGGUACACUUUCACCAAGUCGGAGCUUCAUUCUGUCAUGUCGUCCGGGUUUGCAAGUACCUCUGGCUCACUCAUGGUUUUGUUCAUCAUGUGUGGGGCCUCGCCGAACCACAUACUGACAGCUGCGGUGAUCUCGGCCCCAGCGGCCCUAGCCUUGGCCAAACUCUCGUACCCGGAGACUCAGACUGUGAACUAUGCUAAACAGAAAAACAUGAGGAUAAAAGACGGAAACAGCGAGGGCAGCAACCUGUGGUCAGUUCUCUCAGAUGGCACAGCUAUGGGAGUCAAGGUCGCCGUCUCUGUCUUGGCAAACCUCUUGUCUUUCAUCUCCGUCAUGUCGCUCGUUGACUGGUUCCUUGGAUGGUGUGGGGAACGGGCGGGGCUGGAGGAGCUCUCCAUUGAAUUUCUGUUUUCCUACCUCUUGUGGCCCCUUGCAUAUGCCUUGGGAACUGAGCCGGCCGACUGCCCUAAAAUGGGCAGACUCAUAGGAGUGAAGCUCGCCACCUCACCUUUGGUGGCUUUUACACAGAUGGGACAGAUGAAGAGGAACCGGGAGGAGCUGGGGGCAUAUCUCGCAGAUACUGGGGGAACCGGAGCCUGGCACUGGGAGGGAAAUCACGUGGUCCUGGAUGCUUCCAACAAGACUUUGAUUUUGGGAAUAAUUUCGGAACGAUCGGAGGCAAUCGCAACGUACGUGCUGUCUGGGUUUAAUACGGUCGCCAACAUUGGGAUAACCAUCGGCACCCUGGUCCAGGUCUGUCCAGAUCGCAAGUCUGACUAUAUCCGAUUGGUGUUCCGAGCGUUCAUGAUUGGCAACAUGGCAUGCUUCGCUACAGCUGCCGUGGCAGGUUAA